AUGUUUAUUCGGACUCGUUUUAGAAAGAAGGACACCCACGAUACUGAACAGCAGCAGGCAGUAGACGAGCCCGAGGUAGUGAUUCGCCUUAGUAGCACCACCGCCUAUAACCCCUGGGAAGUGCGUGUGAAUUACCGGAGUGGACAGUACGAGCCUGUACCUAGAGGCGACUACCUUCUCCAGCUGAUGACACUGCCCUCCAGAGUUACCCACACCAGGAACCUCCCACCCGGCACCACCACUACCAUCCAUCGCAGAGAUCAGCUACAGGAGGAGGAUGCCGUCAUCGUAGAGGAACUGGAGGAGUUAUAUGGAGGAGUUAUCUCCGCUGAGCAGUUGCUGGCCCUCGACCACCAGGCCAACCCUUUCAACUACAGCGAGCGAGUGUCCCAGACCCUGAAGUCAGCCUCCAAGGAGAUGUGUAUACAGACAGAGCCGCCACCCAGCACCACUUUCAGCGCUAAUGUCGGGUUCUCUAUCAUCUUUGACGCCUACCACCACCACACGCUGCUCCCUGCCAACAAGAACAACCAGGAGGGAAAAAAUAAGGACAGUAAGGAUGGCAAACAGCACCAGCCUGGUUUAGAGAGGUCGGCUCCUUACCCCACAUCAUUGACUCAGGUGACCACGAAAGGUAAGGGAGGGUGUGACCUGGCCGCUCUCAUGCCCACCGUCACUACAGUAGAGAGGAUGAUCAACCAGAACCUCUUCGACGAUGUUAUGGAAGACUUCCAGUACUGGGAUGACAGUAGUGAUGAUUACCGAGGGGUUGAGGGUACGCUGCUGCCACUGUGGAGAUUCAACUACCCCAAGGCUCGAGCCUUCAUUGUGGCAGACGUGUGUUGGAGCACCACCCACUCGGAUCUGUUUGCUGCCGCCUAUACAAACGGGGGCGAGGGAGGGACCGAGACGGGAGGGCUGGUGUGUCUAUAUACCCUCAAGAACCCUGGCGUCCCCGAGCGUCUCCUACACACACCCACAGCCCUCACCUCUGUGCACCUUCACCCCACGCGAGCGAGUGUACUAGUGGGCGGCCUUACUGACGGCUCAGUUAUGUUCCUAGACGCCCGCCUCUCUCGCUGUCCCAGAGUCCUCAUCUCCACCACUAGCUCCGGCAAGCACCUCCUUCCUGUGUCUCAGUGUAGGAAGGUAGAGCUUGUAGCCACUGGCGGUGCUGGUUCCCGAUUGUCUCUUCUCAUUCGCUGGCCUCUUUCGUCUGCUCACAGUCACGUGACCUUACCCACAAUCCCUCACGUGUUGCUAACAAUGAGCCAAGCAGUUCAAUUGUCCGGUGUAUCUUGUGGUUCUUACCUUAGGUCGCCUCUCAUCACACUGGACUUGGGGGCUUCAGUGGCAGACCUAGCAUGGUCCCACUACAGCAGCAGCGUUAUCGUUGGGGUGACGGACGAGGGUCGUGUCCAUGUAUACGACUUGUUCGUCCGCAAGUGCCGUCCCCUGUGUGUGCAGAACAUCAUGCAGAGACGCCGCUAUGCCCUCCGCUGUGUUGCCUUCAGCCCCCACCACCCUAUCAUUCUCGUAGGUGGUGAGAGGUAAGAGUAACUUUUCCCUAUAUAACCAAAACAUCAGUCUCAGUCUCUCUCUCUCUAUCUCUCUCUC